GCUUGUACUGCAUGCAUUAGCCUCGUGGAGCCAUCGAAUCAUUCGCCUAAGUAACAUUCGUGCUUUCGUAAGGAUUUCAAGGUGGAGAGCUUCACUUCCUUUCUCGCUCAGUAUGGAGCCUGGACUUGGACUGCGCUCAAGGACGCCUUGUGGACGGCAUCGCGCGCAUCAACCGAGGGCGCAACAACGGCAGCACACAGUCAACGUCAAGCGGCCCUCGUAGCGAUUGCGGGCAGAGGAGCUACGAGAAAUAUGCCUGAACGACCGUUGACGAUUGCAACUUAUGCGGCUGGAGCCUCACUCGCCGCUAUUACGUUGGUGUAUGUCUUCGGCCCUACCUUCUUUCUGGAUGAUGAAGCGGCCAACAUUUCGCGGUCGAGUCGGAAGAAGGGCGUUGUGGGAUUGACCAACCCGGCCAAUGAUUGCUUCAUCAACAGCGUGCUGCAGGCGCUGGCUGGCUUGCCGGAGUUGAGGCUUUAUCUGAUACGAGAGAUGCACAGGCGCAAAUUAGAUGGUGCAGAGCUUUACAACGAUCUUACGGCUGUUUUGGAAGAGCAGCGUCAGAAGGAACGCGGCGUCAAGCCGAUGCCGGAGUGGAAGCUGCUCGGUCUGCAGCAAGGCUCAGUUACGGCGGGGUUGAAAGACGUCCUGGAUGCGCUGAACGAGCGGCCGAUCGUGAAGAAAACGAUCAGUGCACAGCCGUUCAUUCGCGUAGUUGAGCUGUCCUUCCGUACGCGCAUCAACCGAUCGCAGCAGGACGCGCAGGAGUUUCUCCAGCUCGUUGCUGAGAGACUUGCAGACGAGAAUCAUGCCGCAAGUAGAGUCAGGAGGAAAGCGCGUCGGAAACACCUUUCACUUGAGCCUGACGGAGCUGCACAGCUUAAGGAAGUGUUGCACGCCGACAGUGUUCAUGAACAGCGGCAUGACAGUAAGCUCGCACUACUGAAGGACACGCGUCCGGACAUAGGAGCCGGCCCGCCUGAGCCUCCAGAUCCAGACGAAGGCGACGCGGAGUCCGCACCUUUUCCGCUAGAAGGCAAGGUCGAGUCGCAAGUCGAGUGCUCGCACUGUCGGUUCAAACCGAAACCAUCGGUGUCUUCGUUCGUCACAUUGACACUUCACGUACCCUACGACAGAACUUCGACGUCGCUCAACGCGUGCUUGGAUGGCCUGCUAAAGGUGGAGCAUAUCGACGACUUCGUUUGCGAUAGAUGCCGUUUGGAGCACGCGCUGCAGCUCAACGCGAGGCAACUCACGAAAGCUACCCUAUCCUCCGAUGAGCGCUCGACGCUAGAGGAUGCCAGAAUCAAGCUGGAAGCAGCAUUGCGAGAUGACCCGGAGAAGCCACCUAAAGAUGUCAAGCUACCUGACUCCUCAGUGACGCCAAAGCGUCGCAUCACCCGACAUACGAGGAUAUCUAGCUUCCCGCGCAUCCUUGCCAUCCACCUCAACCGGUCCGUGUGGGACGCACAUUCUAGUUCGUCAAAGAACAUGGCUAAGGUGGCCUUCCCAGAGACGUUGCCCAUAGGUGGGCUGCUUGACCGCAAAACAUACCGUCUACUCACGGUAGUCACGCACAAGGGCGUUCAUAGUAGCGGCCACUACGAGACUUUCCGGCGCCAGUAUAAUAACCCGCCAUACUCCACGCCGGCAUCGAUGGGUACGGAAGGUAUUUACAGCGCACGGACCAGUGCAGCUCCGAGCCCAAGAUUAUCCGCGGCACCUAGCCCUCGUCUGAGCGGGCGCUUUACGAGAGAUGGAGAGAGUCAAACCACACCGACGCCGCCCGAGUCACCACCAACACUUUCUCCAUCAACAUUCGACUCACCCUCGAGCUCGUCUGCUUCCUCACGCUCGUUGCAAGCAGCGAUGCAUGAAAGACGGACGCCGAGAACAAGCGUACCAAUCGAGGCUAUACCAACGCCGGGAUUACCGCCGCUGCCUGCAGACGCUCCGGCUUCAAAUGGGACGAAGAGGCAACGAAGUAUCGCUGGGGCUGUCAGUCUGUCUGGACGCAAGCGCCGCGUACCGGACAGAUGGUGGCGGAUAAGCGAUGAGAAAGUGAAGGAAUGCAAGACGGGUGAUGUGCUGGGUCAGCAAAGGGAGGUGUAUCUACUGUUUUAUGAGGUGAUGGACGAUGUCUAGGCAUGCGCGCGAUGGUUCAGCUUAUGUGCUUAGCGAGGCGUUCAGGUGCGUGGAGCUUGUGUCAGUGCUGCCUAACUCCUGCUUGUACACACUGCAAAAUCAAGGCGCAUUCCUCUGCAAGUCAUGCUCCGCUAUCUGAUCGUUGCGUACCCUGUCGAUAGAGGGCUCUGCUUUCCUCGACUAGACGGAGACACGAGUGGAGAGCUGACUCGGCAGCGACUCGG